AUGGGAUCGAUUGAAUGUUUUGCCCUUUUCACAGAAAGUACAACAACUUCAAGACCAACAUUAACAACAACGGUAUGUUCUUCAAACCCCUGCAAAAACGGCGGAAAAUGCAAAGAGACUGAAAAUAAAAGACGCAAACGGAGUACAAACAACUUUAUCUCGGGGCUGAUCGCCACUAUAUUUAAACCGAAGGGGAAUUCUGGUUCCGCAGAGAACACUGGUUAUACGUGUGAGUGCCCUGAUGGCUUUGGUGGCAGCAACUGUGAAAAGAAACAAUGUACGGUGCCUUCACGUCCAUCUAAAACUAUUACCCCACAGCCCCAAACAACCUACAGCCUAGGUGAAAGCAUUACCUACAAAUGUUACUUGGGCUACACAGUCAUUGCUGGGGAUCUCGUGCGAAAAUGUGAAGUUCAAGGAUCCUCAACUAAAUGGACUGGGUCGGCACCAACGUGUGUGCGUAACGAGUGCUAUAGACCCCCCUGUCAAAAUGGCGCUAAAUGUGAAAACUCUGCGGACGGAUAUAAGUGUUUUUGUCCAACUGGCUUUACUGGAAGAAAUUGUGAAAUAAACAUUAACGAUUGUGAUUCUAACCCAUGUCGUAAAAACGGAAGAUGCUUAGACGGUGUAAAUAGGUAUGUUUGCAUAUGUAAUCCUGGAUUCACUGGGAAGCACUGCCAGACAAACAUUAACGAGUGUGUAUCGAAUCCGUGUAAACAUGGCACUUGCCGCGAUUUAGAGGCGUCAUACGCGUGUUAUUGUGAUCAUGGGUUUACCGGUGUCCAGUGUGAAACUAAUAUAGACGAGUGUGCUUCCCAACCUUGCAAAAAUGGCGGAAGUUGUGUCGAUGAAGUCAAUGGAUUCAAAUGCACUUGCCCAGCUGGGUUCACUGGUGUCCAGUGUGAAACAAAUAUAGACGAAUGUGCCUCCCAGCCUUGCAAAAAUGGCGCCGUCUGCACAGAUAAAGUCAAUGGAUUCGUUUGUGAAUGCAUAUCGGGAUUUUCUGGUUUAACUUGCAAUGUGAAUGUAAAUGAAUGUUCCUCGAACCCAUGUCUCAAAGGACUUUGCAUAGAUGCAGUAAAUGGAUUCAAAUGUAUGUGUCUGGCUGGAUUCACUGGCAAACGUUGUGAAACAAACAUCGACGAGUGUGCCUCUGGUCCUUGCAAAAAUGGUGGUGGAUGUGUCGAUGGAGUGAAUGGAUUCCAAUGUACCUGUCCAGCUGGGUUUACAGGUGUCCAUUGUGAAACGAACAUAGAUGAGUGUGCCUCUCAACCUUGCAAAAAUGUCGGCAUUUGUACAGAUAAAGUCAACGAAUUCAAAUGUGAUUGUAUGGCGGGGUAUACGGGUGUGACCUGUGAGACAGACAUAGACGAAUGCUCUUCUACUCCUUGUAUGAACGGCGGACAGUGCAAUGAUGCUGUUAAUGGCUACAAUUGUACUUGCCCUGGCGGAUGGACCGGUAUCUUGUGUGAGGUUGCCAUUGACGAGUGCGCGUCUAUCCCGUGCCAACACAAUGGUUUAUGUAAAGAUGAAAUCAACGGUUAUACGUGUACCUGCCAAAGAGGAUAUACUGGCAAUAACUGCCAAUUUGACAUUGAUGAAUGCAAAUCGUCGCCUUGUCAAAAUGGUGCUACAUGCAGAGACGCUGUCAACAAAUAUAGCUGUGAAUGUCUGUCUGGUUAUGCUGGCGAUGAAUGCCAGACCAAUAUUGACGAAUGUGCGUCUAACCCUUGCAAGAAUGGUGCGACGUGUAUUGAUGGUGUGAAUGGAUUCAAAUGUACAUGCAAAUCUGGAUUUGCAGGUCUGACAUGCCAAACCAAUGUUGACGAAUGUGCGUCUAAUCCUUGCAAGAAUGGGGCGUCAUGUAUUGAUGGCAUAAAUGGAUUCAAAUGUUCAUGCCAACCUGGAUUUGCCGGCUUUAUGUGCGAAACUAACGUUGAUGAAUGUGUAUCUAACCCUUGCGAGAACGGUGCAACGUGUAUUGAUGGUGUGAAUGGAUUCACAUGUUCAUGCAAACCUGGUUAUACCGACCCUACAUGUAAAACCAAUAUCGAUGAAUGUGCAUCCAACCCUUGCAAGAAUGCGGCAAAAUGUAUUGAUGGUGUAAAUGGAUUCACAUGUAUAUGUGAACCUGGAUUUGCUGGCCUGAUAUGCCAAACCAAUGUUGAUGAAUGUGCAUCUGACCCUUGCAAGAAUGGUGCGACGUGUAUUGAUGGUGUGAAUGAAUACACAUGUGUCUGCAAAUCUGGAUUUGCAGGUCUGACAUGCCAAACCAAUGUUGACGAAUGUGCGUCUAACCCUUGCAAGAAUGGAGCAACGUGUAUUGAUGGCAUAAAUGGAUUCACAUGUUCAUGCAAACCUGGAUUUGCCGGCCUUAUGUGCGAAACUAACGUUGAUGAAUGUGCAUCUGACCCUUGCGAGAACGGUGCAACGUGUAUUGAUGGUGUGAAUGGAUUCACAUGUUCAUGCAAACCUGGUUAUACCGACCCUACAUGUAAAACCAAUAUCGAUGAAUGUGCAUCUAACCCUUGCAAGAAUGGUGCAACGUGUAUUGAUGGUGUGAAUGAAUACACAUGUGUCUGCAAAUCUGGAUUUGCAGAUCUGACAUGCCAAACCAAUGUUGACGAAUGUGCGUCUAACCCUUGUAAGAAUGGAGCAACGUGUAUUGAUAGUGUUAAUGGAUUUACAUGUUCAUGCAAACCUGGAUUUGCCGGCCUUAUGUGCGAAACUAACGUUGAUGAAUGUGCAUCUGACCCUUGUAAGAAUGUCGCAACAUGUACUGAUGGUGUGAAUGGAUUCACGUGUAGAUGCAAACCUGGAUUUGUUGGCCCAACAUGCGAAACCAAUGUUGACGAAUGUGCUUCUAACCCUUGUAAUAAUGGUGCAUCAUGUAUUGAUGGCAUAGAUGGAUUCACAUGUUCAUGCAAACCUGGAUUUGCCGGCAUUAUUUGCGAAACUAACGUUGAUGAAUGCGUAUCUAACCCUUGCAUGAAUGGUGCAAUGUGUAUUGAUGGCGAGAAUGAAUUUACUUGUGCAUGCAGGCUUGGAUUUGCCGGCCUUACAUGUGAAACCAAUAUCAACGAAUGUGCAUCUAACCCUUGCGUGAAUGGAGCAACAUGUAUUGAUGGUGUGAAUGGAUUUACAUGUGGAUGCAAACCUGGAUUUGUUGGCCCAACAUGCGAAACCAAUUUUGAUGAAUGUGCGUCUAAUCCUUGUAAGAAUGGUGCAACAUGUUUUGAUGGCAUAGAUGGAUUCACAUGUUCAUGUAAACCUGGAUUUGCCGGCCUUAUGUGCGAAACUAACGUUGAUGAAUGCAUAUCUAACCCUUGCAUGAAUGGUGCAAUGUGUAUUGAUGGCGUGAAUGAAUUUACUUGUGCAUGCAAGCCUGGAUUUGCCGGCCUUACAUGCCAAACCAAUGUUGACGAUUGUGCGUCUAAUCCUUGCAAGAAUGGAGCAACAUGUAUUGAUGGUGUGAAUGAAUACACGUGUGCCUGCAAACCUGGAUUUGCCGGCAGUACAUGUGAAACCAAUAUCAACGAGUGUGCAUCUAACCCUUGCGUGAAUGGAGCAACAUGUAUUGAUGGUUUGAAUGGAUUUACAUGUGGAUGCAAACCUGGAUUUGUUGGCCCAACAUGCGAAACCAAUAUUGAUGAAUGUGCGUCAAAUCCUUGUAAGAAUGGUGCAACAUGUUCUGAUAGUAUAAAUGGAUUCACAUGCUCAUGCAAACCGGGUUUUACCGAUGCUACAUGCGAAACCAAUAUCGACGAAUGCGCAUCUGACCCGUGUCAGAACGGAGCAUCAUGUGUAGAUGGCGUUAACAGGUAUAACUGUGUAUGUCCGGAUGGGUAUAGUGGUUCUUUAUGCGAAAUCGAUAUAAACGAAUGCGCAUCCAACCCCUGUCUCAAUGGAGGAAUGUGUGCGGAUGGCGUGAAUGGGUAUACAUGCAUGUGUCCCGCAGGGUUUUCAGGCUAUAGCUGUGAAACCAACGUUGAUGAGUGCGAAUCAAACCCUUGCCAAAAUGGCGGCAGUUGCAAAGAUGCAAUCAACGGAUAUAUCUGCACCUGCCCAGCGGGAUUUACAGGACCAAACUGCGAGACUGAUAUCUACGAGUGUACCCCUAAUCCGUGUAAGAAUGGUCUUUGUUUCGAUGGUAUAAACAGUUUCACUUGUAUGUGUGGUUCUGGUUUUGCUGGUCCCACCUGCGAAAUCAACAUUAACGAAUGUGCCUCCAACCCUUGUAAGAACGGCGCAACUUGCACCGACGAUAUUGACAGGUACAAAUGCAAUUGUUUAGCGGGAUAUAUUGGUUUGCAUUGUGAAACCAAUGUCGAUGAAUGUUCAUCUAAUCCCUGUGGUAGCGGAGGUACCUGCUUGGAUAGUGUAAACGGAUACACGUGCACAUGUCCAGUUGGUUAUACAGGGACUAAUUGCCAGACAAACGUCGAUGAAUGUGCGUCUAACCCCUGUGGUAGCGGGGGAACCUGCUUGGAUGGUGUAAACGGAUACAAGUGUAACUGUGAAGUUGGUUAUACAGGGACUAACUGCCAGACAAACGUCGAUGAAUGCUCAUCUAAUCCCUGUGGCAAUGGGGGAACCUGCUUGGAUGGUGUAAACGGAUACAAGUGUAACUGUCAAGUUGGUUAUACAGGGACUAACUGCCAGACAAACGUCGAUGAAUGUGCAUCUAACCCCUGCAGCAAGGGACUAUGUCUCGACGGAAUCGACAGUUUUUCUUGUCUCUGUCAGGCUGGAUAUGCGGGACCAACCUGCCUGAUAGACGUUGAUGAAUGUUCCUCCAACCCGUGCUUAAAUGAUGGUACUUGUGUGGAUAAGGUGGACGGAUACACCUGUAUUUGCCUUGCUGGUUACAGUGGAGACACGUGUGGAGUAUUACCAACUACCAGUACCACCACGACUCUGCCCACCACGACGGUUGCAAAGGAUCCUUGCAAUCCGAACCCUUGUCCAGAAAAAGAACCCGGACAACCAAUUAUGUGUCAACCCUCUAACGGGGGCUAUGAAUGUAUUCGGCCAAAUGAUGGAUGGCAUUCCAGGUGCAGCACUGAUUGGAGAGCAGUUGGAAUCCCAUCCGGGUGUAAACUGAAUCCUCCCAAACCCGGCGAAUGCUGUGAAACGCUGAAUUGCGAUCAGCUUACACCCCCGCCUUAG